UCACAUGGUUUAUAUUUAUGUAAUGUAAUGGUGUCAGAAACGAACCAAGUGUUAUCAAAUACAUGACAAGCGCAAGCGAAAGAUGUUGGUCCUGUGAGGCAGAAUUUAAAAACAAGAACAAAUAGAUCCGUUCUUUAAAUCAGACCUUUAUUUUGUCUUUGCACGGCGUUGAUGGAGUUCGGAGGAGUCAGCAAAGCCACCGUGAUCAGUCUGAAGCGGAGUGAACCAAUUCAUCAUGCACAGAAAGGGAAAACGUUACUCCUACAACAAAGACUGAUAAAUGAUUGACAACGGAUAGCUAUACAUAUUAAAUCCAUCGUCAGGUAUAAAAGUCAGUUGUUCUGUAAGUAUACUCUUGGUGUACCUGGCACAAUUUCGCAGAAACUGCCAUCGGCCAUUGGAGCUUAUAAAAGGAGUGCUCACGAAAUUUGAUAGGACACAUCUGCCGCGUAAUGUAAAUAUACUCUUGUCAUUUAACUCUUCAAUCAUGCAAUUUUUCAUGGACAACAAUUGAGCCCUUUAACUUUUGACCAGCUGUGCAACGUUCAGGAAGCAGGUGCCACCGGAUGAAAAACAACUCUGGCAUGGAUCUGCUGGAGUGUCCGAUCUGUCUGUUCCUCAUGUGCGAGCCGAUGACCACGAGCUGCGGUCACUCGUUCUGCAGGAGAUGCAUGGGCGCUUUACUGCCCUCACGAUGCCCCACGUGCAAAGAAAGAUUAAAACAGAGGGAUGCAAAGAACAUCAAAAAUAACGUGUUACUCUUCAGCAUCAUUGAGAAAUGUUGCCCCGAAGAGACCAAGAUGAAGUGUCACAUUCAAGAGAAGCUGAAAACGAGCGAGUUUACGGAAGCGCUGCGUAUUGUGGAUGAAGGGAUAGAGAUGGCCCCUGAUGAUGUGAGCCUAAAAGUGUGGCGGGCCGAGGCCUGCAUGGGUCUCCGUCGCUUUUCUGAUGCCCUCCGUGACCUGGAUGACCUCUGCUGUGUGCGACCCAACUGGACAGAGGGUUUCUUUCGUAAAGGGAAUGUGCUUCUUGAAAUGGGCAGACAGACUGAUGCUCUCAUCCAGUUCUACCAUUGCCUGAAACAGCAGCCUGACUUUGCUUCUGCUAAAAACCAGAUUAAGAAGAUUUUUGAAGCAGAGGGCAUGGCUGUACCAGAAGAGGUUCCACAGGUCUUGCGUGUGGUGGCUGAGUGCUUGCAAGACCCCUGUCCUAUCACCAGCUCUGAAGGCCCCUCAUGCACAGACGGUCAGCUCUUCCCCCACAACAAUGCUGAAGGUCAAACUGACUCUGACCAGAAAGCAGCUAAAGUGAAGCAAGGCUCCAACGGCGAGUGCUGCCUGAGUGUGUGUCAAGCAGUGUCCUUUCUCCCUACUGCUGAAGAAGAUGAGGAACUGAUGACGAAGGAGGAGAAACAGAGCAGAGGCAUGUGUAGUGUGGGCAGAGAGUCCUGCCUCAGCAUUCUGACAGUGACUGAUUUUGAGUGCCCUCUCUGCAUCAGGUUGUUCUAUGAGCCAGUGACAACACCCUGUGGUCACACCUUCUGCAAAAACUGCAUUGAGAGAAGUCUCGACCAUAACCUCCGCUGUCCACUCUGCAAGCAACCACUGCAGGAGUAUUUUAAGAACAGGAAGUACAACAUCACAGUGCUGCUGCAGGAGAUUUCGUCCCAUCUCUUCCCCCAGCAGUUGGCUGAAAGGAAACAGGUGCAUGAGGCAGAGAUUGCAGAGCUCUCAAAUUUGACUAAGGACAUCCCAAUCUUUGUGUGCACGGUGGCGUACCCUGGCAUCCCAUGCCCGCUGCACAUCUUUGAGCCUCGCUACCGUCUAAUGAUGAGACGCUGCAUGGAGACAGGCACCAAGAAGUUUGGCAUGUGCAGCUAUGAACAUGGCAAAGGCUUUGCUGAUUAUGGUUGCAUGUUGGAGAUUUUGGAUCUGGAAUUACUUGCUGAUGGCCGCUCCUAUGUGGAUACAGUGGGAGGUAGUCGCUUUCGAGUGCUUAGGAGAGGACAGAGAGAUGGCUACCACACUGCUGAUAUUGAGUACCUGGAGGAUCAUAAGGUUGAAGACGCAGAGCUUGAAUUGCUGCAGCGUCUCCACGACAGCGUGUAUCAGCAGGCGAGGGAGUGGUACCACCGUCUGAACAGCCGAAUUCAGGAGCAGAUUAGUCACCAGUAUGGCAUCAUGCCUGAAAAAGAGGAUGACAUUCAGGCUUCUGCUAAUGGGCCAGCCUGGUGCUGGUGGCUGCUGUCUGUGCUACAGUUAGAUCCAGCCUAUCAGACCACUGUACUGUCUCUUACCUCCCUGAAGGACAGACUGGGUCAUUUACGCAUUGUACUAGAAUACUUCUCUCAGAGCUAGGAUAGAGACACAUUAUAAGCCCAUAUCUUUGAUCUCUUUUGUCAUCACAUGCAUGUACUGUACCAUGGAAGACACAAAUUUGAAUGUAUAAUUUUUGUUUACUCAAGGCAAUGAUCUCUCAAGUUUCCUCUCGCCACAAAACUUGAUCACUUUUGGACAAAAUUUGAUCACUUUUUUCUGAUCAUUACACAUACAUAAGAUCACUUGUGCUUGGAUGUAUAACACUCUGUAAGGCAACACAUCGGUAUGAUAUAAGUUUGUUAAAAACAAGAUUACAUAUUUUUGGUAUCUUUUCUAGUUUUCAAGAGCUUUGAAUAUUUUGGAAAUCAACUGAUUAAUUUUUUAUGGGCUGUACAACUGUUGAAUUAGUCAACGAACUAAUUCCUACUGUUCAUUAAACGUCAGAGUCGAUGCCAAAUAUUGCUGUUCAAACCAACAGCUAGUUUUGUUGAGAAAUACAUUUGAGAUUAAAUGUUGCCAGUGCUGCUGGGCCCUGGCCAGGAUUUUUUAAAUGUGUAGCUUACAUUUAUGGCCGGGACAGUUGGCCCAAGAGAUUGAUGACUGUAUAAGAGCUCACUGAUUAUGCAUGAAUGAGGCGCUUAUGAAUACAGCCUCGAAAUCUCACUGUCACAAUUCCAGCCAUGAUCACCAUAAAUUUUGAAAAAUCAGAAAUAAUACUUUUUGUCCUGAAGUUAUGAGGAUUGAAACUUAUACUCUAAUAAUAAUGCAGAUAAUACAAUUCAAAACUUGCUUUUUCCGUUUGUUGUUGCAAUAUUGUGAAUUGAUGAAUGAAAGCUGCUACUGUAGCUGUGCUUUUUCAUUCUCAGUAUUAUGUGUGGCAAGCUUUCUAGCAUGUUAAUAGAGAGAAGAGAGGCAGGUACAUUACUCUUAAAGGAAUAGUUCAGCCAAAAAUGAAAAUUCCCUCAUGUCAUUUCAGACCCAGAGAUAUUUAGCAGAAUGGUGCUUUUUUCCAUGCAGUUAAAGUGAAAUCUGCUACUGUAGAGGAAGCAAAAAGGAAGUCAUACAGGUUUGAAAUUACAUGAUAUUACAGGGGUAAAUGAUGACAUAAUUUUCAUUUUUAGGUGAACUAAAAACAGAAGAUGAUUUCGGACUUGUGAUGGUCUCCAGGGCACUUCUAGGAGGCACUGUGAAGGUUGUAGCUGUCCGGAAGGCCUGGUAGAACAGUGUGUGCUUGUACCUUGUGUAGGGCCUUAAGCUAGAUUCAGAUGUUUGUUAAGGACUGAGAAUGAAUUUUCUUUUAUUUCUCCUUCUGUGCCACAUCCCGAGGGAAUGUAAAAAAUGCAAUGUAACACCUGAUUUAUCAUAAUUGUAUACAUGGACUUGAAAAUGGGUGAAAACUUUUUUCAAAUGUUCUACUCUUGUGAUUGUGCCAUGUUUUUUUUUUUUUUUUUCUUCAUGUAUGUCUAGCUUCUAACGGCUAGAUGUCCAACAAGUGUUAACAGGUGCCUACCUGACCUGCACUUUUAAUUUAUUUAACAUUCUCAGAUUUGAUCUUUUGUGCACUGUUCCAAAGAUGGUUACUCGGAUUUCUCCAUUUUGCUCUUGAAAAUCAGUUACUUGCAGUUGGGUGCUUUGUUUUCAAACCUGUUUUAAAUGCAGUAGUUCUGAACAUGUGGAAAUCAAAAAAAGUUUGUGCUUUACAAUAGGGCUCAUUCAAAACCUGAGAUUUGAAGAUUCUGUGAUCUGGGCCACAAAUAUAUUUUUCUUCACACUGUAGAAAGAGAAGUCAUCACAUUUUAUAUGAUCACUCCUCCAUGGUCAAACUUAUGCUGAGCCACACAUUACUUGUGACCGCAAUUGAGACUGCAGUGAUUCAGACAAACGUGCAUUCAAACCAUAUCAAUCUUUAUGAGAGUGAUUAAAAUCCAAAAAUGUUUUUAUUUAAAUGUAAUUUGAUAUUUUAAAUAAUAGAAACAUUAGAAACAUGCAUCUGUUGUGUCCUUUCGUAUUUUAAGGUGCACACUUGACAGCUAAUAUCUACCAUCUUAAGGAGACAGGACUUGAAACUCAAUAAGAAAGUUUUUCUUGAGACUUUACAGAACUGCUUCAUCUGUCAAUAGGUCUGUCUUGAAAAUGUAUUAGUGUGACUGAGUCACAAAUGCCAUCAUAUUUUUCAGCCUUUUGGAAAUGUGUAUUUAAAGGUGGCAAAUCUUGUGGUUUUGCUUUAAGAUAGUACAACUGUAGUCUUGGAGUGUGAAUUUAUUCCUAAUAAUAAUCUCAUAAACACGGAGAAAGGUGCUAUUGUAGCCCUCUAACAAGUUCAGUCUAAGAAAGGGCUAAAAAAGAGAGACUUUUGUUAGGUUUAAUCUAUAGAUAAGUCGAAUCAAUAACCCAUAUUAUAUAAUCAUUUUGUACAGAAAAUGCUUUAACAUUUUUGAGAAUCAAAUGCUUUCCGGCCAAUGGUAAAGUGCUUGCACAUUUAUUUAAAAUGAUAAGUGGACACUGAUGCAUUUUAUUUCUUUUUCUUGUAAAAAAAUCCUUCUUAAUGUCAUGUCUUGAUGUGUUUGAAAUUAAGGCAGCCUUAUCCUGAGUAUCUUAUAAUUUUCUAUGCCCUGGUGUAUACUAGGAGCCUGUAUC